AUGUUAAUUUAUGUAAAUUUUAUGCCAGGUUAUGUAUCAAGAACACGCGUAUCAGCUGUUGAAGUAUGGCGUAAUGAUAGUAAUGAUGGUGAAGUACAAGUAGCCCAUGGAAUUAAUAGUUGGCCAGCUUUGCUCGAACAACUUAAUGGACCAUAUUUGGAACGAAGUACGAUGAUUGAAGGUGAUGUAUUUCUGUAUCAUCAACGAAAGCAUCGUAAUCGGGCGAUACCAUUAAUGAGCGCUCCGUUGAAAAUUGCUGAUCGUAUUACAUUUAAGGAAUGGCUUCGAGAAGUUGCAAAAUUGCGAAAAGAUUAA